AGAGAGAAAGAGCGGAGAACGGAUUUGAGGAGAGAGAGAGAGAGAGAGAGAGAGAGACGGGUUGAGGAGAGAGACGAAACCACCGGCGAGGGUCAAUGGCUGCACCACCGGCGAGGGCGCGAGCAGAUUAUGAUUACCUCAUCAAGCUUCUCCUCAUCGGCGACAGCGGUGUGGGUAAGAGUUGCCUUCUUUUGCGAUUCUCUGAUGGUUCCUUCACAACUAGUUUCAUUACCACAAUCGGAAUUGAUUUUAAGAUAAGAACCGUUGAACUUGAUGGUAAACGGAUCAAGCUCCAAAUCUGGGAUACUGCUGGUCAAGAACGAUUCAGAACAAUCACUACUGCUUACUAUCGUGGAGCCAUGGGUAUAUUGCUGGUCUAUGAUGUCACGGAUGAAUCUUCCUUUAACAAUAUUAGGAACUGGAUUAGAAACAUCGAACAGCAUGCUUCUGACAAUGUGAACAAGAUAUUGGUAGGGAACAAAGCUGACAUGGACGAAAGCAAAAGGGCUGUUCCUACCUCCAAGGGUCAAGCUCUAGCGGAUGAAUACGGGAUCAAAUUCUUUGAAACUAGUGCUAAAACCAAUCUUAAUGUGGAAGAGGUUUUCUUUUCGAUAGCUAAGGAUAUUAAACAAAGGCUCUCAGACUCCGAUACCAGAACAGAACCAUCGACGAUUAAGAUUAAUCAGCCCGAUGCAACGGGUGCGGGUGGUCAACUUGCACAGAAGUCAGCUUGCUGUGGCUCUUGAGUGCAUGGGAAAGAUUAAAGAUCAAUUGCACCUUCAAGUAGGUGUGUUACAACACUCUUUGAAACGAAACAAUAUGGAAAAGGUAUCCUGGUGAUUCUGUCGGUUUUUAUUUUUAUUUUUAUUUUUAUUGUUCUAAUUUGGAACUUGUUCUAGCGUGUAUCAUAGGUUAUUAUUGGAAAAGUUUGAAUUGGGGCUUUUGCGUUUUGCUUUAGUUUGCGUUUCCGUUUCCCGUUUCCAUUUGACCUCUAAACAUCCGUCGGAGAGACUUGGUUCAUAUUUUACUCUGCGUAUUUCAGUUCUCAUUCUAAAUGCAUGUAA